UCCUGCAUUUUGUUGCACCCAUCAAUCUCCAUUAACACCCAUUUUGCACUAGAAGCAUCCAAUCAACAAUGGUGUUCCAAAACCCAGAAACCACAUCCUCAUGUUCCUCACAAGAAGACAUCCCUCUUCUCUCCAACAAACCACCUCUCUCCUCCAAAUUCAAAACCUUUGCCAACAUCUUCAUAUCAAUCGUAGGUGCUGGUGUUCUUGGCCUCCCUUACAGCUUCAAGAAAACAGGGUGGAUCAUGGGGUUGCUCCUUCUCUUCACCAUCGCUUUCCUCACUUACCACUGCAUGAUGCUCCUUGUCCGCACGCGCCGCAAGCUUGAAUCCAUUGUGGGGUUCCCCAGAAUCAAUUCUUUUGGUGAUUUGGGGUAUGCCAUAUGUGGCCCUUUUGGCAAAUUCUCCAUUGAUGCUAUGGUUGUGCUUUCUCAAGGUGGUUUCUGUGUUAGCUACCUCAUUUUCAUUUCCACUACUUUGGCAUAUCUUGCUAGUGAUGCAAACCAAGCAUUGAUUUUUGGUUUCACGCCCAAGGUUUUGUUUCUAUGGGGUUGUUUUCCUUUCCAAUUGGUGUUGAAUGCAAUUCCAACUCUGACCCAUUUGGCUCCUUUGAGUAUAUUUGCUGAUGCUGUUGAUAUUGCUGCUAAGGGUGCUGUGAUGGUGGAGGAUGUGUUUGUGUUUUUGGAGAAUAGGCCUCCUUUGAAAACUUAUGGGGAUUUAUCCAUGUUUUUAUAUGGUAUAGGUGUGGCUGUGUAUGCAUUUGAGGGAAUAGGAAUGGUUUUGCCAUUGGAAACAGAGGCCAAGGACAAGGAGAAAUUUGGUGGGGUUUUGGGGAUAGGGAUGUUGGUAAUUUCAUUGUUGUUUGGAGCAUUUGGUGCUCUAGGUUACUUUGCUUUUGGUGAAGAAACUCAAGGGAUUAUCACUACCAAUCUAGGACCUGGAAUGAUGAGUGCUUUGGUGCAGUUUGGUCUUUGCAUCAACCUGUUUUUCACUUUUCCAUUGAUGAUGAAUCCUGUUUAUGAGGUGUUUGAGAGAAGGUUAUGUAACUCUAAGUACUGCUUGUGGUUGAGGUGGGUUUUGGUGUUGGGGGUGAGCUUGGUGGCACUUUGUGUGCCUAAUUUUGCUGAUUUUUUGUCACUAGUGGGGAGUAGUGUAUGUGUUAUGCUUAGUUUUGUAUUUCCUGCUAUGUUUCACUAUAUGGUGUUCAAAGAGGAGUUGGGUUGGAGCUUUAUGGUUCAGGAUUGGACAAUUGUGAUUUUUGGGUUUGUUAUUGCAGUUACAGGAACUUGGUCUUCCAUAGUGGAUAUUCUGGCCCCUAUGUCUUGAAUAUUCAUGUGCUUGAUGCUUUG